AUGCUUUGGACGGGCAUGCAUAGAUUCGAUCUGAACUAUUUGGUGAUUGUGACUGCGUAUGAACUAGUUAAUGUGGAUUUUUUCGGAGAUGUUAGGCAAACAUUCCUUGGGGGGCCAUUAACGGUGGCAGAAAACAGGAAAGUGGACAAUUUGCAGCAAAGGAGUAAGAGGUCACACAAUUUGGGUUCUUUGCUAGACGUGUCUGAAAUUUUAAACAAAGAAAAUAAUUUGGACACUUCUUUGCAUGCGCGACAUGUCGAUCAAUUUAGUAUGUGGUAUGAGUUCACGGUUUUGGGAGAUAAUAUGGCCUCCAAAGGUCCAAGGUCUAAGCUUGAUCAUGAAUCAAGGGCUAGGCGUCAAAAGGCACUUGAACCUCCCAAGGAACCUCGACGUCCUAAAACACAUUGGGACCAUGUUCUAGAAGAGAUGGUUUGGUUGUCGAAGGACUUUGAAUCGGAGAGGAAAUGGAAAUUGGCCCAGGCAAAGAAGGUUGCUAUAAGAGCAAGCAAGGGCAUGAUGGAUCAGGCCACAAGAGGAGAAAAGAGAGUGAAGGAAGAAGAGCAGCGGCUGAGAAAAGUUGCGCUUAACAUUUCUAAGGACGUGAAAAAAUUUUGGAUGAAAAUAGAGAAGCUGGUUCUUUACAAGCAUCAGCUGGUGCUUGAUGAGAAAAAGAAAAAAGCACUCGAUAAACAGCUUGAAUUUCUCAUUGGGCAGACAGAAAGGUAUUCAACAAUGCUGGCAGAAAACCUUGUGGACACACCAAUUCCUGGAAGAGCAGUGCAUUCCUCCUCUGCUCUAGAACAACAGAUUAUUCAUCAUAAAGGAGAUGAAAAUGGCAUAAACAUUGAAUCCCAGUCAAAUAUAGUGGACAACGAUGAAGAUUUUGAUUUACAGUCUGAAGCUGAGUCAGAAGAUGACGAGCAUACUAUUGAGGAAGACGAGGCCCUCAUAACUGAAGAAGAAAGGCAAGAAGAACUGGCAGCUUUGCGCAAUGAAAUAGAUCUACCUCUUGAGGAGCUACUGAAGCGUUACACUGUGGAGAAAGCUGGCAGAGAAAGUAGCCCCGAAAAGAGUGCGGAUGUAGCUGAACCAACUCAGACAAUGGAAGAUGACAGUGAGAGCGAAGAAGAAAAUAUGUCUGCUGUUCCUAUGACUGACAGUGCCAGCUCACUUGCAGUCCUUGGUCGUCAUUGUAGUGAAAGUAAUGGUGGCUUAUCGAUUCCGGAAAACCAUAUCUCAGAAGUUGAGGCAAACCAAAGCGGCAAUCUGUCAAAAAAUUUCCAAGAGUCAGAAAAAAAGCAUAUGCUAUUUGACUUUAAUGAUGAGCAGGAGGAUGGCGAUUUUGUCCUUGCUGCCGGAGAAGAAAAGGAUGAUGAGACUACCUUGUCAGAGGAAGAACAACUAGCUAAGGCCGAAUCCAAUGAUUUCAUAGAUGAGAUUGAAUUACUGCAGCAAGAAAAUGAAAUUCCCAUAGAAGAGCUGCUUGCAAGGUAUAAAAAGGAUUACAACACUGAUGAGGAUAUUGAGGAUGAGUCUGAAUCUAGAUACGCUUCUGCUUCUGAAGAUUUCUUGGAUUAUCCAUCACAGCAAGAGAAUGACGUGAAGCCGAAUUGCACUGCCGCGGAUAAUGAUGAUGAACCUGGUGAACUACAGCCUGUUGUUUGUUCUCCUGCAGACGUACAGGAAGCAGGGCACGAUGAAAUAUCUGAAGGAAGGGAAAGUGAAAGUAGAAUUGCUGAUGCAGCAGCUGCUGCAAGGUCAGCACAACCAACUGGCAAUACAUUCUCGACCACCAAAGUGCGUACAAAGUUCCCUUUUCUUCUGAAGUUUUCUCUUCGGGAGUACCAACAUAUUGGCUUGGACUGGCUUGUGACAAUGUAUGAGCAGAGACUUAAUGGGAUUCUAGCUGAUGAAAUGGGACUUGGGAAGACAAUCAUGACAAUCGCUCUGCUUGCUCACUUAGCAUGUGAGAAGGGAAUAUGGGGCCCUCAUCUCAUUGUUGUUCCCACCAGUGUCAUGCUAAACUGGGAAACUGAGUUUCUCAAAUGGUGUCCUGCCUUUAAAAUACUAACAUAUUUUGGAAGUGCAAAAGAGCGAAAAAUAAAGAGGCAAGGGUGGAUGAAACCAAAUUCUUUUCAUGUAUGCAUUACGACUUACAGACUCGUUAUACAGGAUUCUAAAGUUUUCAAGCGCAAGAAGUGGAAAUAUUUGAUUUUGGAUGAAGCUCAUUUAAUAAAAAACUGGAAGUCUCAGAGAUGGCAAACUCUUUUGAAUUUCAAUUCGAAACGACGUAUUCUUUUAACGGGUACACCACUCCAGAAUGAUCUUAUGGAACUCUGGUCUCUAAUGCAUUUCUUGAUGCCUCACAUCUUUCAGUCUCAUCAAGAAUUUAAGGAUUGGUUUUGUAAUCCAAUAUCUGGAAUGGUAGAUGGACAGGAAAAAGUAAACAAGGAAGUUGUAGAUCGCUUGCAUAAUGUUCUCCGUCCUUUUAUACUCCGUCGGUUGAAACGAGAUGUCGAGAAGCAGCUCCCUAUGAAACAAGAGCAUGUUAUCUACUGCAGACUUUCAAGAAGGCAGCGCAAUUUGUAUGAAGACUUCAUUGCUAGCUCAGACACACAAGCUACUCUAGCAAGUGCCAAUUUUUUUGGGAUGAUUAGUGUUAUAAUGCAACUUCGCAAAGUUUGCAAUCAUCCUGAUUUAUUUGAAGGUCGCCCAAUUGUAAGUUCUUUUGAUAUGAAUGGGAUUGACAUUGAGUUGAGUUCUUCUGUUUGCUCAAUGCUUACACCUGGCCCAUUUUCUGUUGUUGACCUCAGUGGUUUGGGUUUUUUAUUCACACAUCUGGACUUUAACAUGGCAUCGUGGGAGAGUGAUGAAAUUCAAGCUAUUGCGACCCCCUCAAGCUUAAUUGAGGGACGUGCUGACAUUACUAGUAGAGAAGAAAUUGGGCAUGUAUUCAAGAACAAGAAAAAGGUGCUUGAAACAAACAUAUUUGAACAGAUCCAAAAGGCACUGUUGGAGGAUAGACUAAGACAAGCAAAAGAAUGGGCAGCAUCGGUUGCAUGGUGGAAUUCCUUGAGGUGCAGGAAGAAACCAUUAUACUCCACGAGCCUACGAGACCUCGUUACUCUGAGGCAUCCUGUUGAUGAUAUUCUUUGUCAGAAGGGGAAGACUUUGUCGUACUUGCACUCCUCUAAGCUCGCUGACCUUGUAUUGUCUCCGGUUGAACGCUUCCAGAAAAUGGUUGGUCAGGUUGAGUCUUUCAUGUUUGCAAUCCCUCCGGCACGGGCUCCUCCACCUGUUUGCUGGUGCAGUAAAAGUGGAAAUUCUGUAUUCAUUCACCCAACUUAUAAAGAGAGAUGCACUGAGAUUUUGUCUCCCCAUCUGACACCAUUUCGCCCAGCAAUUGUAAGGAGGCAAGUGUAUUUUCCAGACAGGCGACUCAUACAGUUUGACUGUGGUAAGCUGCAGGAGCUUGCGAUUUUACUUAGGCGGUUGAAAUCAGAAGGUCAUAGAGCACUGAUAUUCACCCAAAUGACGAAGAUGCUUGAUAUCCUGGAGGCUUUCAUAAAUUUGUAUGGUUACACUUACAUGCGGUUGGAUGGGUCCACGCAGCCAGAGGAGAGGCAAACACUAAUGCAGCGGUUCAACACAAAUCCAAAGAUUUUUCUUUUCAUUUUGUCAACCCGUAGUGGAGGUGUUGGCAUCAAUCUUGUGGGGGCAGAUACAGUUAUCUUUUAUGAUAGUGACUGGAAUCCUGCAAUGGAUCAACAAGCCCAAGAUCGGUGCCACCGAAUUGGUCAGACGCGUGAAGUACAUAUAUAUAGGUUAAUCAGUGAGAGCACUAUUGAAGAGAAUAUCUUAAAGAAGGCAAAUCAGAAGCGUGCUCUUGAUGAUUUGGUUAUUCAGAGUGGAGGUUAUAACACCGAGUUUUUCAAGAAACUGGAUCCAAUGGAAUUGUUUUCGGGCCAUAGAACUAUUCCCAUUAAGAACAUGCAGAAAGAGAAAAGCAGCAGCAAUGGAGUUGAGGUUUCUGUGUCUAAUGCGGAUGUUGAGGCUGCUUUGAAGUAUGCAGAGGAUGAGGCAGACUACAUGGCAUUGAAAAAAGUUGAACAAGAAGAGGCUGUGGAAAAUCAAGAAUUUACUGAAGAAGCCAUUGGGAGGUUGGAAGAUGAUGAGUAUGUAAAUGAGGAGGAAAUGAAGGCUGAUGAGUUGGCCGAUCAUGGUGGUUUGAGUAUAACUUCACAGAGAGCAAACGAGACUAUGUUAAAUUGGAGUGAUCCAAAUGAAGAGAGAGCUCUCACUUUUGCUAGUAAAGAAGAUGAUGUUGACAUGCUGGCUGAUGUCAAACAGAUGGCUGCAGCAGCUGCAGCAGCAGGAGAGGCUAUCUUGUCCUUUGAGGAUCAGCUACGCCCAAUUGAUCGAUAUGCAAUACGGUUUCUGGAAUCAUGGGACCCGAUCAUUGACAAGGCAGCAAUGGAGACUGAAGUCAGGUUUGAGGAAACUGAAUGGGAGCUGGAUCGUAUCGAGAAAUUAAAGGAGGAUAUGGAAGCAGAGAUUGAUGAUGAUGAAGAACCUUUCGAAUAUGAAAGAUGGGAUACUAAUUUUGCAACUGAGGUAUAUCGACAGCAAGUUGAAGCCUUGGCCCAACAUCAGUUGAUGGAGGAACUGGAAUGUGAAGCUAGAGAGAAGGAAAAUGCAGAUCAUGAAUAUUCUGACUCUAUGAAGAAUGUUACCUCGGCUGCUCCUAAAACCAAGUCGAAGAAGAAAACGAAGAAAGCAAAGUUCAAAUCGCUGAAGAAAGGAGGUUUAGCUUCUGCUUCAAAGCCAAAGGAAGAAUCACGUAUGGAGACCAUGUCCACCGAUGAUGAGAUUUUUUUCCAUGACGAGAACACCUCUUCUGAUAGGUUAUCACCCCAAUCAACUGUUGAUAAGAAACGCAAAGCAGUGCCAGAUGGUGAUGAAGAGAGGAUUUUGAAGAAGUUCAAGAAAGUUAAGAAGGUUCCUCUUCAAAUUUGUCCUUCAGACUUAGAUUCCAACCUUCGACGCAAGCGGCAGGGUGAACCAAAAGAUUCAAGAUUUUGGGAGGGCACUGUUGUUGAUCUUGAGCAUAAGUCGAUAAACAGGAGCAAGAUGGGGGGGAAAAUAUCCAUCACUUCCAUGCCAGUAAAGAGGGUUCUGAUGAUAAAACCGGAGAAGUUGAAAAAGAAGGGGAACAUUUGGUCCAAAGAUUGUUUCCCUUCACCUGAUUUCUGGUUGCCACAAGAGGAUGCAAUUUUGUGUGCUGUUGUGCAUGAAUAUGGUCCACAAUGGAGCUUGGUGAGUGAGGUUUUGUAUGGAAUGACUGCGGGUGGGUUUUAUAGAGGAAGGUUUCGACAUCCUGUCCAUUGUUGUGAGAGGUUUAGGGAACUCAUCCAAAGAUAUGUUUUGUCUGCAGCAGACAAUCUAAACAAUGAAAAAGCCAGCAAUGCUGGGUCUGGAAAGGCUCUCCUCAAAGUAACAGAGGAUAAUAUCCGAAUGUUGUUGGAUGUUGCCGCUGAACUUCCAGAUCAUGAGCCCCUUGUUCAAAAACAUUUCUUUGCCCUGCUUUCUUCUGUUUGGAGGGUAAAAUCCUGCCAUGAGCGGCAAAAAAGUCUCUUGCCUUCCCAGAAUGGCAUCUUUUCAGGUGGGAAAGCUUAUAAUUCUACAUUCAACCACAUUUCUCGAAACAUCAAGGGACCAUCAGGAAAGAUGAGAUUCACUAAUGUAAGCCUGAGUAGCAAAUUAGUGGUGGCUGCUCUGUAUGAUUGCCAUGGUGUGCAACAAGAGGACAGAGUCUCCGUUUUCAACCAGAGGGAGGAGGCUGCAGCCAAUGCAGACCAAUUGGAGAUUACGCUUGAACCUCAGGGAGGGAGAGAGGAUCCCAUGAUUCUCCUGCCACCUGUCAUAAAUGUGUCAAUAUGUGGUCUGGGUCCACCACCAUCUGCAAACAUGCCUACUGGGCAAAAUCUUUGGUUUAAGUCCUCUCAAAAUAUGGCAGAAACCCGUUUAAGGGCCGCGGCAAAAGCCUCUGUUGAAGGUUGUUUGGGUUGGGCAUCAUCAGCUUUCCAAACUGGUGAUGUCAAGUCUCGACCUCCAUCAAAAUCACAAUCAUUGGGAAAGAAUAAGCUCCCUGUUUCCAGCUCAAUGAAGCCUUCUAAGUCAAAAAUGAGAAAAACAGCAAUGGAGGCUAGCUAUACGCAUUGCCCUAUUGCUGAUCCAGUGAUCCAACCAAUGCUAAUAGAACCCAGUGAUUCGAAUGUAAGGUUUAACAAGGCACAACCCUUCAUUCCAGAAGGUUGGGUAGAUGAUUUUGAUUGUGGUUCUGCUUUUGACAUGGAUGACAAGCUCUCACUGGAAGAAGAGAUAUUAGAUAUGGUCCCACAUCAAUAUGUUCCUGAUUUCAUCUCAGGACUUGAUGAUUGCUCAUUAUUACCAGAAUUUACGGAUAUUGGCUAGGGAUAUAUUGGGUACCUGAGUCCACUUAAUGUUUUGGGCUGCAGCUAUCAUUCAUUCUAAAGAGUGCGAGUGCUCUGGGCAAAAAUGACUCCCAGCCAGUGAAAUCAUCCAAUGGUCAAGGGUUGAGCAACUGCUGUGCUCUCGGGUACAUGGUCUAUCAGGAGAGUACGCCUCCCUUUUCUGAAUGUGGAUUAAGAGGCCAAGAUUCAGCGCGGCUGAUUAUUUACACGUGAUGGUCAUACUCUCGAGAGGAGGAUUUGAAGUGGACUUCCAAAAGAACGCAGAAUAUUGCAAAUGAAAGAUAACAUAUAUUACAUGUACUUUUAAAAUUUCCGUAGACAAAGGUAUGAAGGUGGGUGUAGGUAGAGAAGGUUCAUGGAGUGUACCUUUUGAAGAAUGCAUGUAUUGGGGGCUCCAAAAUCCCAUCCUAGUUUUCUUGGAUUUUUCAUUUUUUAAAUUGUUAAAUUUGACUCAACUUUAUAUCGCUAGUCCUUAAUUUUUGAAUAAUUUGAAACCUAUUAUAGGGAGUGAGAUCUUCUCCGGUAUAUUUUCUAAUGCAAUUGCAUAACUGCUGCUGCUGCUGCUUACAUGUAAAAGAUAUGAUACUUAGUUUCUCUUUUCUCAUUAUGAAUAUUCGGUUGUGAAUCUUGUAUGUAGACUGGAGAUUACAGGUAGCCAU